AUGAAAGCUUUCAUCGCUCUUUGUCUUCUUUUUGUCUGCGUUUAUUCAGCACCAACAUUCAAUUCAUUAUUGGAUGAACCAUGGGCUUUAUUCAAACGCACUUAUGGAAAACAAUAUACAUCUGUUGAUGAAGUCAAUCGUCGAUCAAUUUGGGAAGCUAAUCUUGCUAUGAUUCGUACUCAUAAUCUUGAAGCUGACAUUGGUGUACAUACUUAUACAUUAAAAAUGAAUCAUCUUGGUGAUAUGACAAACGAAGAAAUCAAUAAACAAAUGAAUGGUCUUGAUAUGAGUUUAAAAGCUAAAGUCAGCGGUGCUGAUCGUCAUACAUUCCGUGCUCCAGCUCAUGUUGUUUUACCAGAUUCCGUUGAUUGGAGAACAAAAGGUUAUGUAACACCCGUUAAAGAUCAAGGACAAUGUGGUUCAUGUUGGGCAUUUUCAACCACUGGUUCACUUGAAGGUCAACACUUCGCUAAAACACAACAACUUGUUUCACUCUCCGAACAAAAUUUAGUUGAUUGUUCACGUACAUAUGGUAACAUGGGAUGCGGCGGUGGUUUAAUGGAUUAUGCUUUUCAAUAUAUCAAAGCUAACAAAGGUAUUGAUACUGAAUCAAGUUAUCCAUAUGAAGCUCGUGAUGAUACAUGUCGAUUUGAUAUAAAAAAUGUUGGUGCUACAGAUACUGGAUUUGUUGAUAUUAAAGCACAAGAUGAAAAUGCUUUACAAACUGCUAUUGCUACUGUUGGUCCAGUCUCAGUUGCUAUUGAUGCUUCACAAAGUUCAUUUCAUUUCUAUCACUCUGGUGUUUAUAAUGAAGCAGCCUGUUCAUCAGUUCAACUCGAUCAUGGUGUUUUAGCUGUUGGUUAUGCUAGUCAAAAUGGACAAGAUUAUUACAUUGUUAAAAAUUCAUGGGGUACAUCAUGGGGUAGCAAUGGUUAUAUCUGGAUGAGCCGUAAUAAAAAUAACCAAUGCGGUAUUGCCACAAUGUCUAGCUACCCACUUGUUUAA